AUGGUGUUGAUCUCGGCUAGCAUAGUUUCCAAGUCGGGCAAAGCCCUUGUCACACGAGUAUUCGUGUCGGAUAUGACACGUGCCCGCAUGGAAGGACUCCUCGAUGCUUUUCCUAAGCUUAUUGGUAACGAUAAGGACUCAGUUUUGCUUCAGAGUCAUCCAAAGCAGCUAUUUUCUGUUGCUGCUUUCGGGAUGGUUAUGGGAUGUGCGGUCUUAUACGGAAAAUUCUAUGUAUCAACACUUGUCGGAAGUAGUGCGAUUUCAGCACAACGCCAGCACACUUUCAUCGAAACUGACAGCGUACGCUAUGUCUACCAUCCUCUGGACAAUCUUUACAUGGUUUUGAUUACUACGAAAACAUCAAACAUACUUGAGGAUCUUGAAACUCUCAGACUUUUUUCGCGUGUGAUUCCCGAAUACUGUCGGUCAAACGAUGAAAAGGAGAUUCUGGCGCACGACUUUGAUUUGAUCUUUGCAUUCGAUGAAGUUGUCACUCUUGGAUACAGGUGUGUCUAAAC